AUGAAGUUCUGGCUGCGGCUUAUACUGCCGCUUCUGCUAUUAUGGUCGCACGCACUUGUGGUUGAGUCUCGCAGUCGGUCCACUGAUGUAUCGAAAUCAGCGGCAGAUAUUUCGAGCAAAGAGACUCAACCUGGAGUUGGUCCAGGAGAUGGCGAGAAACGGUGGGAUGGCAGCGACUCUGUCGAAGCCGCGCUGCGAAUACUUCGAGAGUCCAAGAUACCUGUCGUUACACGUGAAAAGCCAUCUGGUCUGCUUGGGUACACGUUUCAUUACGCGAAGCAACUCUUCUACCUCCUCUUUAUGAACGGCCCGCCCCUGGAUGAGUCCUCAGAUGCCGAAUCCCAGAAACAGAAACUGCAUCCGAAUCUGGCAAAGGCAGUUCAAGAAUUGAAGGUUGCAGCGGAAGAUGCCCAGAAUCCUGAUGCGAUGUUCCUUCUGGCGGAGAUGAACUUCUACGGCAAUUUCACGCAUCCGCGGAACUUCAAGGAAGCGUUUCGAUGGUACCACAAUCUUGCGUCCUUGACCGGAAACAGCACGGCGCAGUACAUGGUGGGCUUUAUGUACGCCACAGGCAUCGGCGGUGCUGUUGAGCGUGACCAAGCCAAGGCAUUACUGUACCACACGUUCGCUGCGGAGGCAGGAAAUACGAGAUCGGAAAUGACGCUUGCCUUUCGAUACCAUGUCGGCGUGGGGACUCCACGAAACUGUGACCAAGCUACCCAUUAUUACAAGAGGGUGGCAGACAAAGCCAUUGAAUAUUACCGGUCUGGUCCGCCAGGUGGCCACAGCAUGCUUCGGGAAUCCUAUCGCUGGGCUGAUGAGGAGGGUGGCGUUUAUGGAGAAGGGGCAAGUGUGUCGAGUUCUGGGCUGAAUGCCAACAGGGACGGGCCCCAUUCCAGCGCUGAAGCAAGCCUGGAGGAUGUUUUGGAGUACCUGGACCUGAUGUCUAAAAAGGGCGAGCUGAAGGCCACUUUCAGUCUGGGCAAGAUGCAUUAUGAGGGCGCACGUGGCCUUCCACGCAACUACCGCAAGGCAAUGAAGUACUUCAAACUCGUUGCGAAGCGCUACUGGACCAAGGAUGGUACCGUCCAUGCCAACCAUCCCAUUGGCAUUGAGAAAGUCGCUGCGAAAGCCGCCGGCCAUAUUGGUUUGAUGUACCUACGGGGAGAGGGUGUCGAGCAGAAUUUUGCAACGGCUCUGACGUGGUUCAGACGGGGCGUUGCCAAUGGCGAUCCCCUGUGUCAGCAUGAGAUCGGCCUGAUGUACCUCCAUGGAUAUGGAGUUCCGCAGGAUGCAUACAAAGCCUCGGCUUAUUUCAAGGCGGCGUCUGAGCAGGACUUCCCUGCCGCAGAAACAAGGCUGGGUGCGUUGUUCCUCGAUCAAGGGGACGUCCAGACGGCCACAAAGUAUUUCGAGCUCGCCGCUCGGUGGGGUUGGAUGGAAGCAUUCUACUACUUAGCGGAGAUUGCGAAUAAUGGAAUCGGGCAAGAACGGCAUUGCGGUAUGGCGUCUGCAUACUACAAAAUGGUUGCGGAAAGGGCGGAAGCUAUCCACUCGUCCUUCGUCGAAGCGAAUGCUGCCUAUGAGAGCGGUGACCUAGAAACCGCCUUGAUAGACGCCAUGAUGGCUGCGGAGCAGGGCUACGAGAGUGCACAGGCCAAUGUCGCCUAUCUCUUGGAUGAGCAGCGAUCCGUGCUUUCCCUGGAUUCCAUCCUUCCUUGGACGAGGAAACGGCGCUCGCCUCUGCUUCGGAAUGCAGCACUGGCUCUCAUCUACUGGACCCGCUCUGCCAGACAGGCAAACGUUGAUUCUCUUGUCAAAAUGGGAGACUAUUACCUUAACGGGAUCGGGACUCAGGCAGAUGCUGAAAAGGCUUCUACCUGCUACCACACGGCCGCAGAGGGUCAUCACAGCGCACAAGCAUAUUGGAAUCUCGGCUGGAUGCAUGAGAAUGGUGUUGCAGUUGAGCAAGAUUUUCAUAUGGCGAAGAGAUAUUAUGAUUUGGCUCUCGAGACGAAUCAGGAAGCAUACCUCCCGGUCAAGCUGAGUCUUAUCAAACUUCGGAUACGCCAUUUCUGGAAUCGCCUUACCAACGGAGAUGUUAAUCCUAUUCAGGAUGAAAAAGAGUCGAGACCUCCUCGCACGUUCAAAGAGUGGAUCAUAGCCUUCUUGGAGAAUGAUGAGGAGGAAGAAGCCCAAUACCGCGCCCAGCUCUAUGGUCAGCGAGGUGAAGAUGAGGAAGAAUUGCUGGGAGCUGGCUCUACCGUUCGUCGAGGCGAGGGAGAGCGACUCAAUGAGGAUGUUGGCUAUUAUGACGACCUCGAGCUGGAGAUCGACGAGAGUGUUCUGGAAGGCAUCGUCAUCGUUGCCUUGGCGGCGACCCUGCUGGUUCUCAUGUACGUGAGACAACAACGCAAUCGACAGAGAGAGAACGGGAAUGCCGCAGGGCAAGCAGCUCAAGGCGGCGGUGGCGGCAAUAAUGAUCGCGGCUUCUUUCCCCGACCUGGCGAGCCAGAAUUUGGACAGUGGGUAGCGGGUGGAGUAGGGCAUUGA